CAUUCACAAGACGAACUGCUGGGCACGCUGUUUUCAACAGCAAUUGGGCAGCUUUUCUCUUUUCGUUGGCAUUGCCCUCUUAUACACUCCAAUCAUGAGGUCCACUCUACGGUUAUUGGCCAACGUCAAGUCUGCCAGAUACCUCCAACCUCAUGCACCCACUGGUCUCACCGGCCUCACAACCCACCCAAGACCACGACAAGCCCUCCUCAUUCUAUAUACUACCACCUUGAACAAACUCCAGAAUAUCCCUGAGUCAUCGGUUUACCGCCAAGCCACAGAAGCCCUCACGAAGCACAGGUUGAAGAUCAUCGAAUCCACCAAACCCCCAGGCUACGAUAAAUGGCAGCAGGAAGUACAACAGAAAGUGGCAGCAAACCCGGACCUGGUCAAAGUCAUCUCUACACCAAGUGGCGAUCUGGCGGGGGUAUACUCUCUAUUAGGUGGUCGGGUGUCAAACCUUGAAAAGCGACAUUAUGCCGAGAACAUGGAGAAUGCGUUGCGCCAAAUAGCGGAGGAAAAAGAGCAGUUCGAGAAGUUGCCUGAGGACCUGAAGCCUGCUGUGGCACAGUGGUCGAGAGCAAAAGAGGAAAGCGAACGACUUCAACGUGAAGAGGAGCCUGUCGCGACAAAAUCUAGGAUUGAUUUGUAUGAAGAACCGGCUUUGGAAGCGACACAGAUCUCCGAAAUCGAACACCAGAUCGGAGCGGGCCUGAUAGAGGAAGUUAUUGAAGUUGCCGAGGGAGAGUUAAAACUCGUGGAUGACAUGAUCAAAUUCAAAGUAUGGGAAGAGCUGGUAGAAAAGCCGAAGCCCGGCCAAUGGACAUAUUUUGGCAGGGACAGAGGCAGUGCCGCGAACUAGAGCCCGGGCCGAUUGGCAUGUUGGACAUUUCCAUUUAUCGAUCUAGUCCUUAAUAAGGUGUUUAGAGAACUUUUAAUCUCUUUGUUCCUAAUGAAAUUCACGUUGAUUCUUGUAAAUACUAGUAUAUCAACACUCCAUAAAC